AUGUCGGCAUCCAAGAGGCUACUCCCAUCAAGGCUUAGCCUUUUGCGAUCUGCCUCAUCGAGCCCCAGCCGAAACUUCACCAGUACCACCAGAUUGGCCGUCCAAGGUGAACCGUGGCCCCAGAGAUCUCCCCUGGGAGCCUACUACGAAAGCAUCAUCCGAGAUCCGACUCCGUAUCCUUUCAAGGAGAAGCCCGAAGACCCUCCCGACUCGGCCGACCCCGACGUCCAGCCCCCCGGCAAGAAGCCCGAAUCUCCGUCCGCACCACCGCCGACCAAGAAGAAGCCGGGCCCAGCGGAGAAGGCCCGCAUUGUCUUUGGGUCCCGACUGCUCGGCCCUGCCGAACAGGCCGAUCGCCUCGCAGCCAAGAAAGCCCAAUCGACAUAUAUUGCUGGUGUCCUCGUACCUCCGCGCCCCGAAGAGCCCGACAACUGCUGCAUGAGCGGGUGCGUCAACUGCGUCUGGGAUCGGUUCCGAGAUGACAUGGAAGAGUGGUCAGCCAGGAAGAACGAGGCGCAAAUGCGACUCAACGACAAGGAGGCAUCCAUAGACGCUGAUGGCGGCGGCUCACAAGGCGGCUGGGGGGUCAGACUUGGCAACGCUAAGAUCGCAAAGGACUUAUGGGAUGAAGAAGUGUUCGAAAACGUCCCGGUCGGCAUUCGCGAAUUCAUGAAGCAGGAGAAGCGGCUGAAAGAGAAGCACCAAAGGGAAGGGACCAUGGGGGGCUGA